AUGGCAGAAAAAAUGAUUUUACGACGAGGAUCAUUCUUCGGCAUUGGAAAUCCUCUGUUGGAUGUGAGUAAAGAAGUGGAUGAGGAUUUUUUGGAACGAUAUAAACUCAAAGAGAAUGAAGCAAUCUUGGCUCGUGAUGAACAUGCACCACUUUUCCGAACGCUGAAUAAACAGGGCCGUCUUGCAAUUGGUGGCUCAUCACAAAACGUCAUGAGAACGAUUCUGUGGUUUCUUCAACAAAAGCAUAUUGCUUCUUAUAUGGGAUGUGUCGGUGAUGAUUUUGAAAAGCAGAAUUUAAUGCAAUUGGCUGAAUCCGCAGGUCUUGACGUCAAGUAUCAGACUCAUGCUAAAUUGACAACAGGAAGAUGUGCUGUCUUAAUCAGUUCUCGCGAUCAAGUUCGAACUAUGGUUGCAAGUUUAGGUGCAUCAGAAGCCUUCACAGCCGAUUUUCUUGAUGAAAAAGAAAAUUGGGCUAGUAUUAAUCUAAAUAAUUCAAUAUCUGAUCGUAUUAGACAUAUAUGUCGUUCACCAAUUAUUUCACCAUUAACAAAUGGUUCCAAUACAUUUAUACCUGAAUUAGCUGAAAUGGAUAAGCGUAUUGCAGAAUAUUUUAUAAAUGAUGGUUUUUUUCGAACAAUUAAUUAUAUACAUUGUACAAUUGAUGAUCAACGUAGAAAUCCAUCAAUAAAUAUUCGAAUUGAUAUUUAUUUAGUUACAAAUCGUGAAUUUCGAAGUUUACUUUAUAUUGAAAUGCCUAAUAUAACUCGAAAUUUAUUUGUUAAUAAUCAAGCAAGAUUUUAUAUACAUAAUAAUGAACAAAAUUUUAAAUAUAAUUUUAAUAUAUCAAAUAUUAAUUAUACAUCAGCUAUUUAUAUGAUUAAAUUAUAUAAGCAAAUUAAUCAAGUAUCUAGUAAUACACUAAUAAUAUUUUCGAAUAUGAUAACUAUUUUAUUUAAUUUGGUUCUUUUUUUGAUUUUUUUCUAA